CAUUUUCAACAAUAAUGGAAGGCUUACAAAUUGAUCAUGUUCAUAGUAAUUCUACAAUGACAUGCGUAAGCCUAACAAAUAUUACGAAAUUAUAUCGUGAAGGAAAUAUAGAUUCAUAUGCAUUCAUGAGCUAUUCAUUGCCAUUAUUUGAAUUGCAAAUUGGUCUCAUUUUUGUUUUCAGCCAUGCUUUUCAUUUUCUUCUCAAGCGUUUCGGAAUUACCUUCUUCGUCUCUUCAAUGCUCACAGGGUUAAUUCUUGGUGAAACAUUUCUUGGAAAAUAUGACUUUAUGAAAUACAAUAUAUACCCUAUUGAGAGCCAUGUAACACUGCGAACCUUAGCUGUGAUUAGCAUCAAUAUUUUUAUGUUUCUAGCGGCUGUGAAGAUGGAUGUUGGAAUGGUACUUACGACAGGAAAAAAGGCAGUAUCAAUUGGUAUUUUAUGUACACUAACUCCAUUUAUAGUUGGGACAAUUUAUACACUCACCCAAAGACAUACGAUUUUUGAUGAUUAUAAGGAAUUAAUUGUUUACUUAGAAGUAUUACAGAUCCAAUCAAUCACUCCAUUUCCUGUUGUUUCCUACACAAUAGAUCAACUCAAAAUGACAAAUUCCGAACUCGGCCGUCUUGGACUUUCGGCGGCUUUAGUUGCGGAUGUUUACUCUAUAAUUAUUGCAUUCAUUUCAUCAUUUUUUAAGGAGGGAUACAGGGGAGGCAGUAAGAGAUAUUUUGUAGCAUUUUCCAGCUUUAUUUUAGUGGCAGCAUUUAUCAUAAGGCCAAUGAUGCUUUGGGUGAGUCGACGAACUCCGACGGGAACUCCGGUCAGAAGUACAUAUAUUAGCAUCAUCGUUGUGUUAUCAUUCUUAUCGGGCUUGUAUUUCUUUAAGUUUGAUCAGGGACCAUACGUUGGUCCCUUAAUUCUGGGUUUUACGGUACCAGCAGGACCUCCAUUAGGAUCUUCUUUGGUAGAAAAGUUUGAAAGUGUUUCGUUCGGAUUUCUUCUACCUAUCCUAACUGCUAUAUCGAUGUUGAAUGUCGAUUUAUUCUUGAUCGGAUCGGAAUUUACCAGGAUACAACCUUACCUGGCUGUUAUAGUCAUACUUUUCGCUGUCAAGUUUACUGGGUGUUUCAUCCCUUCGUUGUUCUGCAAGAUGCCAAUAAUUGAUUCGGUGGCGCUCGCUUUCAUUUUAGGCUGUAAAGGCGUAAUUGAGCUAACAGAAAGUGCUGUUCUCAAUGACAAAGAGGUCUUCAGUCAGGAGCUUUUGUCCCUCAUGGCUUUAUUCAUCCUAUUUAGCUCAAUCUUUUCCCCAGUUCUAGUCAAAUAUCUCUAUGACCCUUCACGGAAAUAUGCAGGGUAUCAAGAGAGGAACAUUUUUUGUUUAAAGCCUCAAUCCGAGCUCCGAAUUGUCACGUGCAUUCAGAAAUCAGAGGACAUAACUUCUGUCAAGAAAUUUCUUCGAACUGCAUAUCCUACAACAGAAAGCCCUUUGGCAAUUUAUGUUCUUCACCUAAUCGAGCUAAUAGGUCGAACCACCCCGAUUUUCAUAACCCAUCGAAAGAACAAAUCAAAUUCGACUCGCAUUUCUCAAAAUGUCAUCCUGUCUUUUGAUAACUACCAGCAACACAAUUGGAAUGCAGUAUCUGUAAAUACCUUUACAGCUAUAUCUCCACCUAAGUUCAUGCACGAAGACAUAUGCACACUCGCUCUCGAUAAAUUCACAUCCCUUAUAUUAAUCCCAUUCCAUCCAAAAUGGACAACGCGUGGAGCUUCCGGAUCCGAAAGCCUCAUCAAAUUUAGGAACCUUACUCGUAGAGUCCUCGACAGAACCCCUUGCUCUGUCGGGAUAUUUUUUGAUCGCAGCAAAUGUAAUCAUAAAAACAUCAAAGCAUCAACCAUGGCAUUUAAGUCCUUGUGUGUGAUCUUCUUGGGUGGCAGCGAUGAUCGAGAGGCCUUGUCUUUAGCAAGACGCAUGGCCAAGAACUCAAUGGCAAGUCUAGCAAUCAUCCAUCUAAUACCUGACGAAGAGGAUAAUGAUAGUGUGGAUUGGGAAGAAAAAAUCCUCAACACUGAUUUGAUUGAAGAAAUCAAGAUAAGCAACAGUGAUAACAAAGCAUCAAUUUUCACAUACAAAGAGCAUAAAGUGAAAGAUGGACCAGAUACUGCAUUGUUAGUUCAUACAUUAGCGAAUGACUACGAUCUUUUUCUAGUCGGAAGACGAGACAGAAUUGAAUCUCCUCAAACAAAGGGGCUAUCUCAAUGGAGUGAACUUCCAGAAUUGGGGACUAUGGGGGAUUUUCUUGUUUCAAAGGAUAUUCAAAGUGAAGCUUCGGUUUUAGUAGUGCAAAAACAAAAACAAAAGAAAUACCUAGAAUAGAUUACAAUGGAAUGAAUUACGGCUCAGUGAUUUUGCUCCGACUGUCAGAUUGUGGAUUCCAAUCCCAGCCCGAGUCAGGGUAACCGUUAAAUUUUUUGCGGUUAUCGAACUAUAGCCGAACCUCCAUUUUUCCAAACAGGAGGUUACCAUGGCAAUUCCGGUCAAUAAUUCCUUAUGUGGAAACAGGUGCCAUAUAAGCGAUAAUUCAGCUGAAUUCGAAGCGUAAAACGCCUAUAGUUCACUAACUGCAACAAAUGUUAAACCCUAAGAAUCAAAAUUUCCAAAUCUAAAAGAGUUACAAAAACUGUUUCGACCAACAAGAAACUUUUGUCACUCAGAAGUAAUCUCAUGAAUCUUAAAGCUAAUCAAUGGAAUUCUCAGUUCUCAUCAAACAGAUUGUAAUUUUUUUCUUGUUUGAAUAUCAGAGAUUGUAAAGUAAAUGGAAGAGCGAAAUAUUCAGUGAAUGAUAAUGUUUCUAUCUUUUCUAAUUGCAAAACAAACAGAAGCUAAAUAUGAGCAGAAUCAAACUUACCAGUUGUAGUUUCUGCAUAAUUUAAUGGGGGAGGA